UCCUGUGGCAGGCACAGCUAUGAUGGCAGCCGUAGGUUGACAUCGAUACAUUACCGAAUAUAAAGUAUUUAAAAGUUAGCGCAAAACCCCUUACACAAUAUCAUAGACAUAUUAACAGUUUGCAGAUAGCACACACUUAAACACACACCCGCCCGGUUCGGGGAACGUGGCACUAUGCCCGCUGCCACUGUGGAUCACAGUCAAAGAAUAUGUGAGGUUUGGGAAAAUAACCUGGAGGAGGAGCUGAAGAGGAUCCGACAUGUCAUCCGAAAAUACAACUACAUUGCUAUGGACACAGAGUUUCCAGGUGUAGUAGCCAGGCCGAUCGGAGAGUUCAGGAGCAACGCCGACUAUCAGUACCAGCUACUGCGAUGCAAUGUAGAUCUGCUCAAGAUAAUCCAGCUGGGCCUCACGUUUAUGAAUGAACAAGGGGAAUACCCUCCGGGAACAUCGACAUGGCAGUUCAAUUUUAAGUUUAACCUCAUAGAAGAUAUGUAUGCACAGGACUCCAUCGAGCUCCUGACCACUUCAGGGAUUCAGUUCAAGAAGCACGAGGACGAAGGCAUCGAGGCGCUGUACUUUGCAGAGCUGAUGAUGACGUCAGGUGUGGUGCUCUGUGACGGGGUCAAGUGGCUGUCUUUCCACAGGUACUCUAGUGGCUAUGACUUUGGAUACCUGAUCAAGAUUCUGUCCAACGCUAACCUGCCUGAGGAGGAGGUGGACUUCUUUGAGAUUCUGCGCCUGUACUUCCCCGUCAUUUACGAUGUCAAGUACCUCAUGAAGAGUUGUAAAAACCUGAAGGGCGGGCUGCAGGAAGUGGCUGAGCAGCUGGAGCUGGAUAGGAUCGGACCGCAGCACCAGGCCGGCUCCGACUCCUUACUCACAGGCAUGGCUUUCUUCAAGAUGAGAGAGAUGUUCUUUGAGGAUCAUAUCGACGAUGCAAAGUACUGCGGCCACCUGUACGGGCUGGGCUCCGGCUCCACCUACGUCCAGAACGGGACGGGGAACGCUUACGAAGAGGAGGCCAACAAGCAGCAGUCGUGACACCCGCCCCCACCGCCCCUCGGUCCACGUGCACCAUCAGUGUGACCCCAAACCGGACGAUUAUAUUGGAAUAACAAAAAAGCUCUCGCAUCAUUUAGCAAGCUGCUUCUCAUAGGCUCUGCUCACCUUAGAUACGUUAAGGAAAGUCACAGCUGUCCUCACACAUGCUAGCUUCGUGUGUGUGACUUUUAUUCCUUAGAAUCGGUGUACACGUUCUGGUGGAGUUUAAAAUAUUUAAGAGGAUGGGAUUUUAGUUUUCCUAAAAAGAAACGUUCUGUAGAAAUGUUUUGCACUUUAAAAGCUCUAACCUGAUUUUAUAUGGAAAGCUGAAAAUGUUUCUGGUGUCUCUCUCCUCUUUGUUGCCUUUUCUACGUUCCCGUUUGACACACAAACCUUUAGUCUCACAACAACCUCGCUCAGCCUUAAAAUGAGCUGCUUAUAUUUUAAACUUGAAUUUAUUGCGCCCUCUGUCAUUGGAGCUUUGUAUGAUAAUGAUAAAGGGAGUCAGUGUGUUUACGUGCACAUGAAUGUUUUGUUUGUAAUAAGGUGUUUGUUAUGUCCUGAAUAAGCUCCAAUCAGACUAACACAACAAACACAGUUUCCUCUUUACUAUCGAAGUUUUCCGUGUUUAUUCUUCAGAGCAAUAUGGAUUAUUUGUGCAUGUUAGCAGCAAAGCAUUAUGGUCUUGCAACUAUUUCUACUGAAUUUAGACCCUAAGAAAGAAUGAUAAAGUAUAGAACCCCUCGCCUGCUGUAAGACACGGUGAGGCUAAUCUUGAAUACUUUGAAGAGAGUACGUUUUAAUUGAGAUGAUAAGGCUUACUAGAGUUUUGGAGUCGUUAUAACGAAGACAAACCUUUUACUCAAUGGAAAAAACUACAAUUAGUAGUUCUGGCCUUUUGAAUGAGUUUCUUUUGUAUUGCUUUCCAGUUAAUUCAUGCUGCGUAGAAGAGCCGCAUGUUCUCCUCGUUUGAAUAAAUGCUGUGUUGUUAUAGUAGUGUCCUGAACUUCCAUAGGUGAGUUGAAGUGUAGCUUCAACAUGCGUUCACCUCCCUGACCCUCAAACACAUCUUUCACACUGUUACGGAGUAAAAAGGAGGAGGAUUGUUGUUAGAUUAUUUUGUAAAUAAAGGCAUGAAACUUUUCUACCAUAAA